AUGAUGAAGCGCUGGCGCAGCACGGUAGCGGCGGCGCGUCAGCGGCUCAUGGCGCGAGGGCUUCCGCGCCUCGAUGCAAGUGCUCUCGUGCGCUACGCGUUCGAUCCACCGAUGAGUAUCGAAGCCAUGCUGUUGGCGCCGAUGACGCCGAUGAGUGACGAGCAACGGUCGUUCGUCGAUGCGUUGGCUGCGCGUCGUCUGAAGGGUGAGCCGCUGGCCUACGUUCUCGGUACGAAGGAGUUUUGGUCGUUGUCGUUCAAGGUUACGCCGGCGACGCUUAUCCCAAGACCGGAAACGGAGCGGCUACUGGACAUCUUGCUGCAAAAGCGACAAGACAAGCAAGAGGCGCUGCGUGUACUGGACCUUGGCACCGGCAGCGGUUGUCUCUUGGUCGCAGCGUUGACCGAGUACCCGCGCGCGACGGGCGUCGGUGUCGACGUCUCGGCCGCGGCGCUGGACGUCGCGUCAUCCAAUGCUACUGCGCUUGGCGUUGCCACCCGAGCGCGUUUUAUGGAGCACGACAUGACCACCUUGGAGUUGCACGAAGACUUUGACGUUGUGUUGUGCAACCCACCGUACAUUGCCGUCAGCGAAGUUGACGUCAUGGAUGCCCACGUGCUGGCGUACGAGCCCCACUCGGCACUCUUUGCCGACAACAACGGUUUGGCCGUGUAUGAGGCUUUGAUUACGCGGCUUCUUUCCCUCGUCGCACCUGGUGGCGACGUGCUACUUGAAGUCGGGUUCGCCCAAGCCAGCACGGUAGCGUCGCUCUUUGAAGGUACACCUGCCUGGUCCGCGCCACGCAUUGUGUAUGAUUUUUGCGGCGUUCCGCGCUGCGUGGCCGUACAGCGGUGUCAGGAUUAAGGCCGAUGUCAUUCAUAAAAUGUAAAUACAUUGACUUUACAUCGAGGUUUUGCAACGACGACGACGAUGAC